UGAAAAAUAAUCGACGAAACAGCGUAAAUAUAUGGUGAUGAUUGCUAUAAAUAUCAUUAUCGGAAGGUAGUGGAUUGAUCUUACGACUGACCUUGUGACUCCAAUGGAAAAUCAAUUAAACACGGUGAUAAUACGACAUAAUAAUAUUCUAUAUAAAAUGCCGAUCGGCGUCUAAAAUUCGUUAGUAGUAUUUUACGAACAAAUAAUAAUAAUUAACUGCUGUAGUGCCAACGACAACAUAUAAUAAUAAAAUGUUGGACGGGUACUUGGUGGUUAUCUCGGCAGGCCUUUACUUUUCGAUUUUUGGGGGCAUCGUUUGUGGCAACCACGAAGUCAUGACUGCCUCUGGACCGACCUCCUUAAAGCCGCGACGAAUUGUUGGGAAUUUCAGUGGUGACUCUACAAGGAUUCGACGGUUUGUGGUGGUUAAUGGCGACGGUGUUCCAGACUACGACGGCACGGAGGACGAUGACGACAACGUCGUAUACGACUACGACGACGGUAGUGGUGACCAUGACCAUGGCUAUGACCACGACUACCACGACUUUGAGCACGACGAUGACGACUACGACGACGAUGAUUUCGACGGUCCCGGUUACCACCAUCACGUGUGGUGGCACCACUACUACCAUCACGGCGAACCACACCUACCGUUCCCACUGUUUCCACCAAUCUUCGUGUACAGGCGACCCGUCCAUCGUCGGUGCGAUCAUUGGCCGUUCGUGUGCAGGAGCACUUAUGAAAUGAUCCAGUGGCUUCAAUGUUAUCACGAAUUUCUCGCUGGAUCGGAAGUCCACGACGGGGAUGGCUUGCACGGGCUGGUCAAGGUGACCACCCACGCAUGGAGGAAGUAAUGGCAGGAUAGUAUCGAGUGCCAGGAUUUCGAACGCGGUUGGAGUGGAAAAUCGCGAUUUUUACGACUAUCGUUUAUAAUAAUGCGGGUUUUUUUUAUUCCCGUAUUGCUAGAAAGAUCUAUAUUUAUGGACUGCCGGAAUAGAACCUUUUGUUUUUUCUACGUUCUAGUUCCGGUACUAAAUUAUUUCAUUAAGAGGUUCUGGUUCCGGUUCCGGUUUUUGAAGAAUAUAAAUUACGGGUUAAGGUUAAACCGGUAUUUAACGGUUCCAAAUAUUAAUUUUUAAACACUUAUUUUAUAAUAUAUUUAAUUUUUUAUACAUAGAUGCAUACACUAUUUAUAAAAAUAAUAUAUCAAAAUAAAAUAAAAAAAUAAAUAGCCAUUUAAAUUUUAAGAUAUUAUCACAACAAGAAUAAAACGAUUCUAAACAGUAAUAAUAUUACGUAAUUUACCAAAGUGCUUCUUAUAACCGAAAAAUAUACAACGGAAGUAAAAAUAAAAUUUAAAUUAUUGUAAAACUCAAUAUUUUUUAUUUAUAAUUAUGGGUUUCUGUUUCCAUUCCGAUUAUUUAAACUGUUUUUGUUCCCAAUAUUUUAAGGGUUUCGGGAUUACAAAAUUGGUUCAUUUCAGCUCAAUUCUACUCCCUGUCUUUAUUAUCUUGCAAAAAGUCACAAUAUGUAAUAAUUCAAUUAAAACGCCGUAACAGAACGUAUUAUUUUCAAUCUUGUCCUCUGAUUAUCGAAUUUUCGUCCAUUCACGUCAACACACCAUAUAGUCACAGUUACCGUCAAAUUGAAUCGUCGUGGUUAAUUUUCAUUGGCUGAUCGGGUUAGAAUUUAAGCGUUAUUUUUGUAAUUUGAUCAAUGUCAAGAUCGUAUUUUACUGUUUAAUAAAGACAAAUUAAUUUGAAAAGCAACGGCGUGGUACAAAUACGACUUAUCGGUUAAGAUUAAUCGUACGAAUCAUUAUAAUUGUUGCGGAAACGUCUAGAGGACGUUGAUAUUCUUAUUAAAAUACAUGCGUAUGGAUGUAAACGGAAUUUUAUAAAAUUCAUAAAAGAAAAACGAUUUUAAAAUAGUUUAUGAGAAUAGUAUAAAUUAAAAAAACUAAAAUAAAAAAUGAGUCCGUUUUUCUCAACUCGUGGAAUUCAUUAAACUUAGUCAGGACAACCACUUGUAUUAUAUACAUAGAUAUUUAUUUUACUAUAUGUAUUAUUAUAUGCAUGUGUGUAAAUUGUACGUAUAAUUUUAAUUUAAACAUUGUUGUAUUACACUCUAAUAAUUUUACAACUAACAUAAGAAAAAUGUAAAUGUUUCAUUUCACAA